CAGCCUGUCUCUCUCGGCACUCUCUUGGUCGUUGUUUUGCCUGAGGCGAGACGGUGCACUGACAGUCGUGAGGUAUUUGUCUGUAGCUUAUGAUGCUGAGGAGAUUCCACCUACAGUCAGACUAAACUUGAGAGGUCAGGAAAGAUAUUGGCUCAAGGAACUCAUUGAUUGCGAGAGAAAACACAAGUUCUUCGGGUUUGGAUGAGCCUCCUCCAGUGGUGGUGACAGAGGUGUGAGGCAGCGAGACGUACAGCGCCUCCCCCCACCCCCCCCCGGCAGCCAUGCCGCCGCCGGCAGACAUCGUGAAGGUGGCCAUUGAGUGGCCGGGGGCCUUCCCCAAGCUCAUGGAGAUAGACCAGAAAAAGCCUCUCUCAGCCAUCAUUAAAGAAGUGUGUGAAGGGUGGUCCUUGGGGAACCAUGAAAACUUUGCUCUGCAGAUCGCUGACGCAACAAAUUUUUACAUCACAGAAAAGAAUCGCAAUGACAUCAAGAACGGCUCAAUCCUGCGCUUGACCACCUCUCCUUACCAGACAGCUGUCCAGCUCCAUGAGCGGAUCCAGUCGUCCAGCAUGGACGCCAAGCUGGAGUCUCUGAAGGACCUGGCCAACGCGUCCCGUGACAUCACCUUCGCCCAGGAGUUCAUCAACCUGGACGGCAUCUCCCUGCUCACACAGAUGGUGGAGAGUGGGACUGAGCGCUAUCAGAAACUACAGAAGAUAAUGAAGCCAUGUUUUGGCGACCUGCUGUCCUUCACUCUGACGGCCUUUGUGGAGCUGAUGGACCAUGGCAUCGUCUCCUGGGACACGUUCUCAGUGGCCUUCAUCAAGAAGAUUGCCGGCUACGUGAACAAGUCGGCGAUGGACACGGCCGUGCUGCAGCGCUCCCUGGCCAUCCUGGAGUCCAUGGUGCUCAACAGUCAGGACCUUUACCACAAGGUGGCGCAGGAGAUCACCAUCGGACAGCUCAUCCCACACCUUCAGGGGACUGAUCAGGACAUACAGACCUACACCAUCGCUGUCAUCAACGCUCUGUUCCUCAAGGCUCCUGAGGAGAAGAGACAGGAGAUGGCCCAUAUUCUUGCCCAGAAACAGCUGCGCUCCAUCAUUCUCAGUAACGUGAUCCGGAGCCCCACGCCCAUCAACGAUGAGAUGGCCCACCAGCUGUAUGUGCUGCAGGUGCUCACCUUCAACCUGCUGGAGGACCGCAUGAUGACAAAGAUGGAUCCCCAGGACCAGGCUCAGAGGGACAUCAUCUUUGAGCUGCGGAGAAUUGCCUUCGACGUGGAGUGUGAUCCUAACAACAGUGGCAGCAUUGAGAAGCGCAAGUCCAUGUACACCCGCGACUACAAGAAGCUCGGCUUUAUUAACCAUGUGAAUCCAGCUGUGGACUUCACCCAGAUCCCUCCAGGCAUGCUGGCUCUGGAUAACAUGCUAUACUUUGCCAGACAUCACCAGGACGCCUACAUCAGGAUCGUCCUGGAGAACAGCAGCCGAGAAGACAAGCACGAGUGUCCGUUCGGCCGCAGCAGCAUCGAGCUGACGAAGAUGCUCUGUGAGAUUCUCAAAGUGGGCGAGCUCCCCAGUGAAAACUGCCACGACUUCCACCCCAUGUUCUUCACCCACGACCGCUCCUUUGAGGAAUUCUUCUGCAUCUCCAUCCAGCUGCUCAACAAGACCUGGAAGGAGAUGAGAGCCACAAGUGAAGACUUCAACAAGGUAAUGCAGGUGGUGAGGGAGCAGAUCAUGCGAGCGCUCACUCUCAAGCCUAAUUCCCUGGACCAGUUCAAGAGUCGCCUGCAGAGUCUGAGCUACACAGAGAUCCUGAAGAUUCGCCAGUCCGAGAGAAUGAAUCAGGAAGAUUUCCAGUCCCGCCCGAUCCUGGAGCUGAGGGAGAAGAUCCAGCCGGAGAUCAUGGAGCUGAUCAAGCAGCAGCGGCUCAACAGGUUGUGUGACGGAACCUGCUUCAGGAAAAUCAGCAGUCGCAGGAGGCAAGAUAAAUUUUGGUAUUGCCGUCUGUCGCCGAACCAUAAAGUCCUGCACUAUGGAGAUCUGGAGGAGAGUCCCCAGGGCGAGGUGCCCCACGACUCUUUACAGGACAAACUGCCUGUGGCUGAUAUCAAAGCUGUUAUCACCGGCAAAGACUGUCCUCACAUGAAGGAGAAGGGAGCCCUGAAGCAAAACAAGGAGGUGUUAGAGCUGGCCUUCUCUGUCCUCUACGAGUCCGACGAGUAUUUAAACUUUAUCGCUCCUGACAAGCACGAGUACUGCGUGUGGACAGACGGUCUGAACGCCCUCCUCGGGAAGGAGAUGACCAGCGAUUACACCAAAUCGGACAUGGACACCCUGCUCUCCAUGGAGAUGAAGCUCCGCCUCUUGGAUCUAGAGAACAUCCAGAUUCCAGAGGCCCCGCCCCCGAUUCCCAAAGAACCUAGCAACUAUGACUUUGUAUAUGACUGUAACUAGACCACCACCCGUACAAGACCCAACCAGACCCACCCAGCACCUACUGUACCCACUGGACCAAUCCCCCCCUUUUCUUAUAAACUGGAACAAAAAUGAAUAAAACCAUAUGAUGUAAAAAAAAAAAAGAAAAGAACUGUGAUUGAAAGAAAUAGGAUUUAUUGAACUAUUUUCCUCUUGCUUCUCGCUUGACCUCUAUAACAGAGACAAUGGUGCAUAUGGAUAGUGCACUGGAGGGACCCGGGGGCCAAUGAGGAGUCAUCGGGUUGCCGUGGAGAUGAGAAACCAGGAAGUAUUUGGUUUGGCCUGACAUUGGUCGUCCUGCCUCUUCUUCCUCCGCUCUCCUCGUCCCGUGUCUGACAUUUCUGAACGUUUCACUCCUUCUCCUCCUCCUCCUCCUCCUCCUCCUCCUCCUCCUCCUCCUCGGCUGAGCUGCCCGCUGUCGUCUUGCUUGAAGAACUUGUAGACAAAUGCUUAGAAGUUCCUUUUUUUGAUUCAGCUUCCUUGUCCUCCAUGUUUAUGAUUAUUUUGUUACUUUUCCUCAGGGCUUUUGUGUGGGGAGGGAUGGAGGCCAUGUGGUUCAGGAGCAGGGAGGGACACGGGGGAGUUUUGUGUUUUGUCGUCAGUUUCCCAGCAGUAUUUUCCCGUCACGCUCUCACUUACAGUAUUUGUGGCAGCUACAUGUUUUUCCACGAGGCUGAACGGAAGGAUGAAGUACAUUUUAAGACGAACACUUCGGGGAAAUCGUCUCUUAUAUCCGCUCUGUCCUGCUACACAUAUACUGAAGACUGUUAGGAUAAGUUGCUCCUCAAAAUCCAGGCACUGCACCACAUUAAAUGGAAAGCCUCUUUUCUUGAAUAUCCUAAUGUGAUGUUAUUACCCCACCGCUGCUUAUUGCAUAUAUUAUACACACCUGCACAGUGGCUUUGCCAGAAACGGCCAUAAAAUCACUUCCAUUGUGAGACACACACACACAAACACACACUCGUCUAUCCCUCAUUUGAGUCUCUCUCGUUGUAACAACUGCUGUACACAACAUUCCUAAGCAAUAUUUGAGCUUAUUUUUGUUUAGUCAUUUGUAAGAUGGUCAUAAUUUUGUGAUUCUUAAAAUUGUGAAACUGCCAAGUUGAGGAUGUUUUUAUUCGGUUAAGGGAAGUUUUUUUCCAUGCGUGUGUUCGGGACUGUAUGGCCACUAAAUUGAAAGUCUAUGUAUUUUAUAAUUUAAAAAACAGAUCAUGGUUUUUAUUUCCAUUAUGAGUUAUAUAUUUUCCCCUUCCUAUUUAAUAAUUUCAGAUGUUUUUUUGUUUUUUCUUUAAGAUUUUUCCGAGCCCCUCAAAACUGCUGUUUACAUUAAAGAUUUAAGAACUGUAAGCACUUUU